AUGUUCAGCCAACAGUGUAACCUGCGCACCCAUAUGCGCACGCACACAGGCGAGAAGCCCUUUGCGUGUGACCGGUGUGGCAAGUGUUUCUCUCAGAAGGCCAAUUUAAACAACCACAAGCGCACACGUACGGGCUGUGAGUUGUAUAUCCGCAACCCUGCCAACAAUCCAGCCACAACUGCUACCAAUAAUGCAACUACUGCUGCUGACACUGGGACUUCUGCUGCUGCUGCCUCUGGGCCGUCAUCGGCAUCAGUGUCACCAAUCAUGUCCCCUCCUAUAUCGCCAAUGUCAUCGCCGUCGUCAACAUCCCUGCCCAAGAUGAAUGUCCUGAAAAUGCCGACACCAACUCUGUCACAUGCUUCGGCCUUUAAUCGAAAUCGUGCUGGCCUAAGCACCAAGGAACACAUGCAGUCACCACAAUUGCCCCAUCACCAACAACCCCUCUCUCCAUCCUCGUCGUCGUCUUCUUCAUCAGUUAAAAACGACAUGAAACCAAGUCUUCUGCACCACCCUCCCCCGCUCCCUCAGCAGCACAGUAGCAGCCACACCCACCGGAAUAGCAACCAUCACCUUCACCAACAGCAUCCGGGUUUGCUUCACAAUAGCCACCAAGAGCACAAUAACAUUCGUGAAUCACCAUCCUUGUCAUCAUCACUGCCUCCCCUUCCCCAGCUCCCACCGCCUCAUCCCUCUCACCACCAUCACCACCACCAGCAACAACAGCAGCAACAACAACAACAAAUGACUAGCCCCUUACCUAGACUGCAUACCCCGAACCCACCUCCGACCCCAGUUACUGCCCCGACCCCAACAUCACGAAUGGGCUCCUUCUACCUACAGGAGAUGCCCCAGUCUUGGGAGAAUAACUACUUGUGGUCUCGCGGUUUUGCUAUGCCACAUAUGUUAAAUGCUGGCUGGAACAGCGUGCCAAGUGCGUUUACAACCAGUGUUAAACACGGCAAGCCAAACACAUUUCAAGUCUUCCGAACCUUCCGCCUAUCCACGGCAGCAGUAUGCCAAAGCCGAAUAGCGACUACUUGA